CAACUUUAUUUAUUUUAUCCUUUGACUUUAGAACUGGAAUGAGAUCGGGCUGUCUGCUCGAUUCGAGUUCGUCGUAAAUGUUUAGGGUGCGUGUUAUGAUAAAGCUUAUGACAUAUUAAUUAACACAAACAUUACUUGUCAUCACUUGGAUAUUUUUUAUUAGUUCACAGUUAGCUGAAUAAUGUCCGGUGCUCCUAGUUCUGAAACCGAUGCUUAUGCAUUGUUGUCUCUAAAAUCAGCACCAUCAAGUCCUACUAAAGUUUUAUGGAGUCCGGAGCCGAAUGCAGCGGCUAUAGCUAAAUUAGAAGGACGUGAAUUUGAGUAUAUGAUCCGACAAAACCGUAUUAGUAUAGGUCGAAAUAGUAGCCGAGGGGAAGUGGAUGUAAAUAUGGGGCAUUCCAGCUUCAUUUCGCGAAAACAUUUGGAAAUUUGUUUUGAAAAUUCUUGUUUUUUCAUGAGCUGUAAUGGUAAGAAUGGAGUGUUUGUUGAUGGUGUAUUUAUGCGUAAAGGAGCUCCAUCUCUGGAACUGCCGAGAACGUGUAUAAUUAGAUUUCCGAGUACAAAUAUCAAAAUAGUAUUUCAGUCACUGAUUGAUGAGGGAAGUCCAACCAGACCAACUCAUGAAUUGAUUGUUCCAAAGCCUAUGGCACCAUUACGAAUAAAAAUUCCGGAACCCGAUAUACCAAGUAUCAUCAAUAAUAAUGAUCGAUUUAUAAGUCCAGCUCCAUCCCCUACAGGUACAAUAAGUGCUGCCAAUUCUUGUCCAGCCAGUCCUCGUGGCGGUUUAAGCCGCCGUAAUAUAACCAAUGAGCUUCAGAUGGUGGCUGCAUAUGCGGCUGUUGCUGCUGUCUCCAAUAAUAAACCUGAACAAAAGACACUUUCUUUCAGCAACGAAUAUUCCACUAAUAAUGGAGCAGCAACUAUAAAAGAUGACAAACCACCCUAUUCAUAUGCUCAAUUAAUUGUACAAGCUAUAUCUUCUGUGCCAGACAGGCAAUUGACUCUUAGUGGAAUAUAUUCAUACAUUACUACAAAUUAUCCUUUUUACAGAACGGCUGACAGAAGCUGGCAGAAUUCCAUCCGACAUAAUUUAUCCCUCAACCGUUAUUUCAUGAAAGUGCCAAGAUCACAGGAAGAACCGGGUAAAGGAUCAUUUUGGAGGAUCGACCCUUCUUCUGAAGCAAAACUAGUGGAACAAGCAUUUAGAAAACGUAGGCAAAGAGGCGUGCCAUGCUUUAGAACACCUUAUGGAGGGCUGUCGUCUCGGUCUGCUCCUGCAUCUCCAAGUCACAAUGGUAUGAGUGGAUUAGUGACUCCAGAAUCGUUGUCUAGGGAACCAAGUCCUGUCAAUGAAAUCCAAGAAUCUGAGGGUUCAUAUCCCCCACAACACUUCUCAACAACCUCAUCAUUCAUACCGAUUUCUGUUGGGGAAUCAAAAUCUAUAUCUAAUCCAGGAUCACCUCGCCAUUUUAUAAAUCCAUCAGUCCCACAGAAUAUCAGUAGUAGUCUUCAGCCAUCUGCUCAUUAUAUUAAACCAAGAGCUUAUUUCCCCACUUCACAAACCAUGGCCAUGCCUAGCAACGGGAUACUAAGCAAUGGAGUACAUGAUGAUUACCCACAUGGUUGUGAAAAAUUGUAUGGGCAAUUGAUAUAUCCUCACAGAACCCCAGAUUUUCACCCUGAAGUGGCUAGGUUACAGCAGCAACAGCAACCCAGCGUUAUUAUGCAAGCACCUCCAUCACUACAACCUGUUGAACCUUCUUCUUUCAUGCAGAUGAUGAAACUGGCUGAAAGUGAGAAUGCAGAUUCUGAACAAAGAAGGUUCAUCAUGACAGACAAAUGCUGAGUUUUUAUUAUUUUGAAACUUUAAUCAGGGACGAGAUUUUGUUGUUUACCCAUGUUAUCAUUUCAGAGAUAUAUUUAUAUCUUUAUUGUUUUAUUUCUAUCCUUUGUUUUUCAUUUUAUCGGAGAUGCCAAUUAAGAUUGUUGUGUGUUCUUCAUUUUCU